UAUGGAAGAUAACAAUGGAAAAUUUAGAGUAUAUACUCUGUCAAAUAGAUGUUUAAUUGAAAAAUUUAGCAACAAAUGUUUACCUGCAAAAUGCGGAAAAGAUCAAAAAUAUUGGGAAGGAUCUUGUUAUUACUUUCAACGAACUAUUAAAAUGACUUGGUACUAUGCUAGAAAAAAUUGUUCGAAACAAACAAUGACAUUGAUUUCACUUGAGACUGAAAGAGAGUAUGAAUUUGUUAAAAAAUCAUACUUUCAAGAUAAAAAAUUCCCUGUUCUAAUUGGUUUAACAGAUGAAAAUCAGGAAGGGGAAUUCUAUUGGGAAGGAACUGGUAAGAUAUUAGGAAGUUUCACCAGCUGGCAACCAGGUGAGCCGAAUAAUCAAGGAUUACGAGAGAAUCAGGUGCACAUUAACAUAAAUGGAUGGAAUGAUAUUGAUAAAAAUUUGCCAAGUUAUUGGGUUUGCGAAAAGAUACUUAUUUGA